AUGGCAGAUGAUCUUGAUGUGGAAGCAAUGCUUGAAGCACCUUUUCAGAAGGGUCAGGCAAUGAUCCCUCAAAGGAAGAAGACAAGAGCACACAUUCCAGCGAAGAGCGACGACGGCGUCGAAGUUCCUCACGUUCCUCCAGUUAUCGCCAUCGUUCUCGGUCGAGAUCGCAUCGCUCACGUAGGUCAAGGUCGAAGUCGCGAGACAGGCCCAGAAGGCAUCAUGGAGCCGAGCCAAUGUUUUGUUAUAUUUAUUGUUAUUAACAGCGAGCGUCGUCGACGCAGGUCUCCUACACCACCCAUAGAUGAAGAAGAGCGAGACAAACGUACAGUUUUCGUAAUGCAGCUUGCAGCACGUCUUCGAACUCGAGAACUAGCAGACUUUUUUUCAGAAGCGGGAAAAGUUCGCGAUGCAAAAAUUAUUGCUGAUAGAAUAUCUAGAAGAUCUAAAGGAGUUGGUUAUGUAGAAUUUUAUGAUGAAGAAUCGGUACCUAAAGCAUUAGCUUUAUCUGGACAGAAACUUUUAGGUAUCCCCGUUGUUGUUCAAUUGACCGAAGCAGAAAAGAACAGACAAGCCAGACUGGCGGAAGCAGCGGCAUCACACGCAACAGACAUAGCCUAUCACAGGCUAUAUGUCGGGUCUGUUCAUUUCAACUUGACCGAGGAUGAUUUGAGACAAGUGUUUGAGCCAUUUGGUCCAUUAGAGUUUGUAAAUCUCCAUAAAGAUCCGGAAACCGGUAGAUCAAGAGGAUUCGCUUUUAUUCAAUAUAAAAACCCAGAAGAUGCGAAGCAGGCAUUAGAGAAAAUGAAUGGAUUUGAGUUGGCAGGGAGGACAAUUAAAGUAGGUUUAGUUACUGACAAAAGCAAUGGCAUGAAUUUAAAUCUUGACGAUGGUGGUCA